AUGCGGCUUAACAUGUUCGUGUCAUUGAUGUUCAUCCACCUGCGGCCGGAUUCGCUCUGCAAGACACCUUCUUCGCCAUCGUCCACCACGCCGAGACGAGUACUCUUCGACACUGGAGCGGAUUUCAACCUCAUCUCACAUGGGGCUCAUGCCGAGCUCGAUUUGAGCAAACAACCAUACCACAGUCGGGUACGAUCCCUUGGGGGAUUCACCGAGCUCAAAAGUGCCGUCGUCCUGCAGUGGCAUUUCCGAAGUCAGACCCCCAAAUCGAGCCAGCAGCCUCCGACCCUUUAUCGUUCCUCAUUCUAUGUUUUGCCCCCAGAAUCUGACGCAAAAUUCGACUGCAUCCUUGGCCGACCAUGGAUCGAAGAAAACUGGAUUGACUUCAUUGCUUUGGUUGAGCUCAACAGAAAAAAGGACACGGACUAA